GCCAAAGAAGGCCAUCACUAUCCCCUCUGAAUCAUCCUCCUCCUCCUGUAAUAUUUUACAUUUUUUUUCUCUUUUGUUUUCCUUUUGUUUUUGUGUGAUUGCUGCUGUUUGGCUCCCAAAAUUUUAAUAUCCAGAAAAUAUCUAUAUAUUUUUUUAAUAUCCACACCCCCUUGUUGAUCGGUGAGCACAAAAUAAUAAUAAAAAAAUCGCAAAGGGGAAUUGAAGAAGAACACUACUACGAUCAACAACGACAAGAACAAGGAAAGGAUUUCGAUAGCUGAAAAAGUUGACUCUUCUUCCUAAAUUGGAUUCUGGGUCUUCUCUUCUUGAGGGGAAGAAGCAAAAAAAAAAAAGGAAAAAAGUCAGCCAUUGAAGGCGGAGGAACAUCGAAUUUAAACUUCUCCAUGGACAAAAACCCUAGAUGGGUGUUUCUCUUCUGAACCAACAACAUCGUAAAGCUCAGACCUUUUCUUCUACAUUCAUGGAACGAUCAUCAUCAUCAUCAUCAGAUCCUCAAACCCCAAACCACCACCACAUCAUUGACAUCCCAUCCUCCUCUUCUCACGAUAGAAUCUCAAACGUUUUGGAGCCUCUACAACACGAUCAUGAUGAUGACGUUGAGAGACCUUCCUCCACUACUCCUGUUCCUCAGCCAGCUACAGUUUCCUCUUCCUCCUCUUCUAUGAGGUCUAAUCCUACUAGAAGCAACCGCAGGAGGAGAAGUCCUUUGAACUCUGGUCUUUGGAUUUCCAUUGAGCUGUUCCUCACUCUUGGCCAGAUCGUUGCGGCUAUCGUUGUGUUGUGUUUGUCUAAACACGAGCAUCCACGCGCUCCCUUGUUUGCUUGGAUCGUGGGUUAUGCCUGUGGGUGCGUUGCGACGCUCCCGCUUUUGUACUGGAGGUAUUAUCAUUCCAAUCAGGCUUCUGAACAGGAGUCUGGUCAGCAUCGUCCUAAUCUUAACGUCGCAGCUGGACCGUUUGCGUUCUCGAUAUCCAGGACUGCUGAAGGAGAUGGUCGACAGAGUAGCAACACGCCUUCUCGUAGUAGAUAUCAUGGCUUCAUAAGUGCUGCUAGGCUUAAAGUUAUUGUGGAAUACUUCAAAAUGGCACUGGAUUGCUUCUUCGCGGUGUGGUUUGUGGUAGGUAAUGUAUGGAUAUUCGGAGGGCAUUCAUCUGCAGCCGAGGCACCUAACUUGUACAGGUUAUGUUUAGUGUUUCUUACCUUUAGCUGUAUUGGCUACGCAAUGCCCUUCAUCCUCUGCACAACAAUAUGUUGCUGCUUGCCGUGCAUUAUCUCAAUUCUCGGAUACAGAGAAGAUUUAACUCAACCCCGAGGCGCCACACCUGAAUCUAUAAAUGCAUUGCCGACUCAUAAGUUUAAGUUGAAGAAAAGCAGAAGUAGUGGCGGCGAUGACAAUGGUUCAAGUACUGGCGAAGGUGGAGUUGUGGCGGCUGGAACAGAUAACGAACGUGCGAUUUCGGGAGAGGACGCUGUUUGUUGCAUUUGCUUGGCGAGAUAUGCAAAUAACGAAGAGCUGAGAGAGCUUCCUUGUUCACAUUUCUUCCACAAAGAGUGCGUUGACAAAUGGCUCAAGAUCAAUGCGAGUUGUCCUCUGUGCAAGAGUGAAGUUGGGGAGAAGAAUUCUGAUUUGACAAGCCAGGGGGUCUUGAACUCGCUCUCUUCUGGGGAAAACGAUAACAAUCAGCAACAGCAGCAGCGGAAUGAACAUAGAGUUGAUAGCGGUUCGGCCAACAGUGUUAUCUAGGUGUCUGACAUUUGCUCGAUGUUGGAGAUAACGAAAGAGGAAAGGCGUUGUUCCUACAGAAAAUUUGGAUUCGUCCGAGUCUCAUUGUCAGGAAGAAAAGGGUGAGGAAGCUCGUGCGGUGUAAAUGCCUUUUUGCUUUUAUAAACUGAAACCUCUGAAAGCGUAGGAGAGUUUCGAGAAUCAGUGAUUGAGUUUGAGUGUGUUCCAAAUACUUUUUUUUUGUUCUUACUUUUAUCUGAAUUUAUCAACGAACAAAACCUUCAUUAGAGCCAGGGCUCUUUCAGUUCCUUUGCCUGUGAAGGGACUCUCGGCUCAAAAUCAAGAUUUAGUGUAAAGAAACCUUAUACUGGACCAUGAAAAUUACGAGUUGUUAUGUUCUA